AGAGGGAAAAUGUCUAAUCGUUGCACAUAACCUGUAACGGAGGUAGUAUUAUAUAAGUAAGUUAGUUGACAUCUACAUCUGUGCAAUAAAUUAGGAGUAAGCCAACACAAACAAAACAACUCUUUUAAUUAGUUUGUCGUACAAAGUAUCGAACCUUGACCUCAUCAUACAUAAAUUAGUGGGCAUGAGCAACAACUAGAUGUAGGAAAUACAACCUUUUUGGUUCUUUAAAUAGAGAGCAUCGAGCCAUCAGUGCACUGGUCCAACUAUUACCUCCACUUUCAACAUAAAAAAAAAAAAAAAAAAAAAAAAAAAAAAAAAAAAAAAAAAAACACACAAACUACACAGCAGCAAGAAGACACACAAAUUUAGAGAAAAGAAAGUCAAGUGAAGUUUUGCCUUGUCUUUCUUUUUGUCUUUCUUCUUCAAUUCUUCCUUCAUUUCAUGCCAAAUUUCAUUUGAUCAUACAAAAACCCACAAAAAAAAAAACAAAAAAUGUCUUCUGAUAUGUUCAUGUUUGAUGAACCUUAUUACUCUCAUUUACCAACAAACAUGAUUUCUCCUGAUGAAAUUUCAGGCAAUUUCUUCACUGACCAAAUUCCAACUCUUUCCGACUCUUCCAUUGAUAGCAUCUUUCAUGAAUUUUCCGAUGAUCAAACAAACAAUAGCCGCAGUCGCGGCCGUGGCCGCAACAACACCAACUAUCAAAACACCACCACAACUACUACUACCACCACCCAAAUUUCACCUGAUGAUGCACAAUCUUUUGACCAAAUUGCCCAUACCCUUUUCACCAAUUCACCUCCAAGUCACCAAUUAGAAACACUUUCUCUUCAACGACAACAACAAAGUCAUUUGGUGGGUAGUUUGGGAAACGUGUUUAGUAGUGAAAAUUACUCUGUUGUUUCAGAUAGUAUAAAAUCAGAGGAUUUUCAAGUGGGUUUUGACUACCCACCAAAUAGUUACAACUCUUAUUUUCUUAAUAACAAUAAUUCUAAUACUAAUGAAAGUAGUAAUGAAACUAUGCUGAAAUUCAUGCAAAGAAGCUACAGUAGUAACUCUUUUGAUGGGAAACCAAGUUUUUGGUUUCAACCUAAAUUCAGUACUCUGUUGGAGGUUCAAAAUUUUGCCCCGGAACUCGAAAAUGGUCAAAUGAGACGUGUCUGUAGCACUGGGGAUUUACCAGUGGGAGGAAGAGUAUGUUCAUCAACAGCAAGUCCAUUAUCAGGAGAAGGAAAUUCGACGGAAGAAUCAAAUUUCAAAGUAGGAAAAUAUAGUGCGGAAGAAAGAAAAGAAAGGAUUGAUAGGUACAGAGCUAAACGUACUCAACGCAACUUCAACAAGACUAUCAAGUAUGCAUGCCGAAAAACGCUAGCCGACAAUAGACCAAGAGUACGUGGCAGAUUCGCACGCAACGAUGAGACUGGAGAGAUUCCAAAACCCACCUGUUUUAAUCGUUAUGAAGAUGAUGAUGAUCUCUGGGUUGAUAAUUUGCAAGAAGAAGACGAAGAAGGAAUAUUAGGUAGAGGAGGGGGACGGUUCCUGAACAAUUUUGGAGCUACUCAUCACUUUCAGUACUGUGGUUAUUGAUCUUGCUGCUGGAGCACAGAAAAUUUUAAGCUAGCUAGCAAAACCCCAUUUUUUUUUACUCCGUAAUAUAUAAAAAAUGGGGUUUUUUUUUUUAUAAAUUAAAACAAAAAAGACCCAAAAAAAUUGGGUAGUUUUAGGUUGGGACAACUGAUGAAUUGACCAAAUAUUAAAGUCCCAAAAAUGAAAGGUGUAACAAAAAUAAAGAAAGGGGCUUUAAAUAAUGUUACAGAAAAGUGGGUAGACUAGCUUAAUUUUUUCUGAACAAGUUUGUUGGGGAUCAUAUAAUAUAAAAAUGUUAUUAUUGAAAAAAAAAAAGUGAGAAGAAAAACUGAAACAGCAGUAAAUUUUUAUCAGGGAUACUUAAUUUGUUGUUUGACUGCUGAAUUUUUUGUGCUCCUUUUAACUAGGGGAAGGUACCCCACUUAGCUUAGGUCACUUACAACUACCUGCUGCAGAAGCAUUUGAUCCUUCCUCUUUUACCAAAAAUUUGUUACCCUUUUGUUGUAAUUCUGACCAAUUUGUACAUAAAUAGUGAUUUCAUUAAUAAAUAUAAUUGCUAGUCUAAAAUAUUUACUCUUGCAUAUGUUUGUGACUGUUGGGAGUUGGGACUCUUAUGUAUGUGUACUCUUGUACCUGUAAGUUGUACUCCAUUCGCUUCGUGAUAACUGAUACAGUUUUUAUUUUCGCUUAUUAUCAUUAUUU